CCACUACAAAGAGAGGUGAUUGACAGAUAGAUAAGUCUUUUGUAGCUUCAGAGAAAGAGAGAGAGUCACAAAGGUGUGUGUGUAUCAAUGGCGUCUCUAGCUUCUUCAACUACUCUCAUCUCUUCUCCAUCUUCUAGGGUUUUUCCAGCAAAGUCUUCACUUUCCUCUCCAUCUGUUUCUUUCCUUCGAACCCUUUCCUCUCCUUCCGCAUCUGCUUCUCUCCGCUCCGGCUUCGCUCAACGCUCUUCCCUCAGCUCCACUUCUCGCCGGAGCUUUGCUGUCAAAGCCCAGGCCGAUGAUCUUCCACUAGUUGGAAACAAGGCGCCUGAUUUUGAGGCAGAGGCUGUGUUUGAUCAGGAGUUCAUCAAGGUUAAGCUCUCUGAGUACAUUGGAAAGAAGUAUGUGAUUCUCUUUUUCUACCCAUUGGACUUCACUUUCGUCUGCCCAACAGAGAUUACUGCCUUCAGUGACCGGCAUUCAGAAUUUGAGAAGUUGAACACCGAAAUAUUAGGUGUUUCUGUCGAUAGUGUGUUCUCUCACCUUGCAUGGGUCCAAACAGACAGGAAAUCUGGAGGGCUUGGUGAUCUGAACUAUCCCCUUAUUUCAGAUGUCACUAAAUCAAUCUCAAAGUCUUUUGGAGUGCUCAUCCAUGAUCAGGGAAUAGCACUGAGAGGACUCUUUAUAAUCGACAAGGAAGGAGUGAUCCAACAUUCCACUAUCAACAAUCUUGGUAUUGGCCGAAGCGUUGAUGAAACAAUGAGAACCCUCCAGGCAUUACAGUACAUCCAGGAAAACCCGGAUGAGGUCUGCCCAGCGGGAUGGAAGCCGGGUGAGAAGUCAAUGAAACCCGAUCCAAAACUCAGCAAAGAGUACUUCUCAGCUAUUUAGAAACUCUACUAUGAUAGCAAGAAGGUACAAUCUUUGUUAUAUCUGAGCAGAGUUUUUUUUCUUGUACGCUAAAACAAUCCUUUGUUUGAUUCUCACUUUGUCCCCAUAUUAUAAUAAAACUUUUUCCGUUAA